UAUUUCUUUCUGAUAAAACCUUGCAAUUUUAUUUUUGUAAUUUUAUUAUGUUGUAGCUUGUGUAAAUUAACAUAGUUGGAAUUAUAUUUAUCUUAAUUUCUGUAAAGCUUUUAAACGAACAAUGUUAGCAGCAAUAGCACGUCUAGAAAAAAACUUCAAUGACUUUAAAGCCUCAUUUAAGCAGAAUGAUUUAAAAAUUUUAGUCGAACCGUUACAACUAUCAAAACUACAAUUUGAUGAAAUCUUGGAUCUAGAAGUUUUUCUUUCAGCUGAUAGUAAAAUAAAGGAUUCUGCAGUAGAAUCAUUAUGUAAUGUGGGUGGAAAAUCUACAAUAGAUAUCACAUACUAUGUUAUGAAAAAAGUGAUGAGUGACGAGGAUUCUAGCCACUUUAAUAUAAAAGGCAGUUCUCAGAAAAUCUCAUUUUGUGAAAAGUGCCCAAUAUUAUUUUCUGCUAUAAUUAAUGCCAUCAAAUUACAAGACGAAUCAGCAAAAGAUAGCGAUAUAACAACCGCAAUAGGAAAGUGGCAACGUAUGCAUGGCACAUUGUUUAAACGUCAAAUGACAAAAUAUCAAUAAAAUAACAUCGUUUUGAUUGAAAAAAAAUUUGAAAAUGCAGAAAAUAUUUUGCUUGUUAA